AAUAAGCAUCAUCACAUAAGCACAUUACAGUUGAAGUUGUUCAUAGCUAGCCAGAGAAAAUGGCUAGCACUAGCAGCUGGAAACAGAUUUUGUGCGGGUUGGCCUUGGUUUUUUUUGGGUUGUUUCUUGGUUCAUUCACUUCUCCAGCAGAAGCUGCCAUAAAGAAUUACCAAUUUGAUAUACAAGUGAAGAAUGUGAGUAGAUUGUGCCAUGCAAAACCCAUUGUUACUGUAAACGGGAGGUUUCCGGGGCCAACUAUCUAUGUAAGGGAAGGAGAUAGCGUUCUUGUCAAUGUUACAAACCAUGCUCAAUAUAACAUGUCAAUUCACUGGCAUGGAUUGAAACAGUACCGAAAUGGUUGGGCGGAUGGACCAGCAUAUGUGACACAGUGUCCUAUCCAGACUGGGAAUAGCUACACCUAUGCCUUCAAUGUAACAGGCCAAAGAGGAACUUUGUGGUGGCAUGCACAUAUUCUUUGGCUAAGGGCCACUGUCUAUGGCGCAAUUGUCAUCAUGCCUAAACAAGGCACCCCAUUUCCUUUUCCACUUCCACAGCCAUAUAGGGAAGCCGAAAUUGUACUAGGAGAAUGGUGGAAUGUGGAUGUCGAAGAAGUUGUGAAGCAAGGAAACAACAUGGGCUUGCCGCCAAAUUCCUCAGAUGCUCACACCAUCAAUGGCAAGCCAGGGCCAUUGUUUCCAUGCUCCGAGAAACAUACAUAUGUAUUAGAGGUUGAGCAAGGGAAGACAUACCUCCUGAGAAUCAUCAACGCAGCCCUCAACGACGUACUUUUCUUCGGCAUUGCUGGUCACAGCUUGACAGUAGUGGAGGUUGAUGCAGUUUACACAAAACCAUUCACUACUCAAGCCAUACUAAUUGCACCAGGCCAGACCACAAACGUUCUGGUCCAAGCCAAUCAAGUCCCAAACAGAUACUUCAUGGCUGCCAGGCCUUUCAUGGAUGUUCCAAUUCCAAUAGACAACAAGACCGCCGCGGCCAUACUCCAAUACAGAGGAGUCCCCAACUCUGUUCUACCAAUCCGUCCCCAACUUCCUUCCUCUAAUGACACCACCUUUGCUUUAGGCUACGAGAAUAAGCUCAAAAGUUUAAACACUCCAAAAUUCCCAGCAAAUGUUCCACUCAAAGUUGACAGACACCUGUUCUACACUAUUGGUUUCGGAAAAGAAUCUUGCCCAAGUUGCCUUAACGGAACACGAUUUGUUGCUUCCUUGAACAAUAUCUCUUUCGAGAUGCCCCAGGUUGCGCUUUUGCAAGCUCAUUACUUCAACAUCAAAGGGGUAUUUAAGACUGACUUUCCUGAUAAGCCACCGACUUCUUUCAACUAUACUGGUGCACCACUCACAGCCAAUCUUGGGACUUCAAGUGCCACCCGACUGAGCAAGAUUGCAUUCAACUCUACAGUUGAGUUGGUUUUGCAGGACACCAAUCUUCUAACAGUGGAGUCACAUCCAUUCCAUCUUCAUGGAUACAACUUUUUUGUUGUUGGAACCGGUAUUGGGAAUUUUGAUCCUGCCACGGACCCAGCUAAGUACAACUUGGUUGAUCCUGUUGAGAGAAAUACCGUUGCGGUUCCCACCGGUGGUUGGACCGCCAUUCGUUUCAGAGCUGAUAAUCCAGGCGUUUGGUUCUUGCACUGUCAUUUGGAGCUUCAUACCGGAUGGGGAUUGAAAACGGCAUUUGUUGUGGAAGAUGGACCAGGCGCGUCUCAAUCUGUUCUGCCUCCGCCAAAGGACCUUCCACAAUGCUGAUGACUCAUGACCAUCAAUCUGUUUUAAUUUGGAGUAAUGCGUACUUCCACCUCUUGCAAAAGUUGCAGAAGGUUAUAAGGUUUCCCAGAGUAUGCAAACAAUUACUACAGCAAAAGCAGAAGUUUAUUCGUGUGAGAUUAAAAUGUAACAAAUACACCAAGCCUACUGUGUAAUAAUCUUCUUCUUCCAUCUACAUUUCUUUUGUACCUAGUGAAAGUUCUUCAGCAUUCUACUGAAUUGUCACUUUGAA